AAUGCAAAUAUGAUGCUGUCCUAACUAAUUAAGUAGAAGCUUGGUGCUGUAUGGUCUCUUCCUGACAUUAAAUCCUCUGUUUGUGCUGUACCAGCUUGUAGCAGCAACUGUUCUGCUGCAGUCCGCCAAAAGGAAAUGGUGCUCUACCCAAUCAACUCCCAUGCCCAAAUCCAAGACCUGCAGGCCCACUCCGAUGAGCUGGGCCACUCCGAUGAGCUGGGCCACUCCAAUAAUCCCAUGCUUGUGAAGCUUGUCUCUCUGGAGUCGGUGCGCAUAGCGCGCGAGUCGUAUGCACUCCUCCGCCCGCUGAUCAUGGACUCGAUGUUCUGGCCAUGCCCGGAGAUGGAUAUCCUCUUGGUCGUGGCAGGCUUGUCGCUGGAAAUCCAAAUGCUCGAGCGUGAUGUGUUACCCAAGCUCAUGGUUCAGGAGGCCAAGCUGGAACGGGGCGCCCUGGAAGCCCUCCUACUCAUGAAGAACUCAGCAAUUGCGCUCUCACAUCUGAGGAAGUGCUUUAAGUUAGCCUUGGGCGUAUUGGCCGAGAAGGAUCUGGUCUCACCCCGAGUUGAAAAGCUGAGCACAAUGCUAGAGGAUACUGCUGUUCAUGUACUCAAAGGUAAUUGCAACAUGCUUCAGGAGUCUGUCCCGUUGCUGGUCCAGCAGGUCACCCAUGUGUUGGAGACCCCGGUUUGUUUCUCUGAUCCUGAUGAGUGGAAGAGUGAUGAUGAGUAGACUUAUAAGCCAGCUCGAGGCUGUUGUGAUGAGUAUUUCUUAGGGGGUGGCAAACAGUUUAGAACCAACCCUUUAUGUUUGGGUAGUGUUUUCUCAUUCAUAUGAAUCAUCAUCACAUCACAAAAGAAAAGAACGAAAGAAAAUGCUUCAGUGCAUGUAACGACAUGAACCAAUAUCUGGUGGACGAAUUGAUAUCACCAGAAUACAC